AUGGCUACCAGGUCGUCGACGGCGGGUUUCCCAGAGCGAGGAGGCACGGCCCUGCCACAGGGCCUGCGCAGCACCGCUCGCCUUCUUUACGAGCCGUCUGUCUCGACUCCGGAGGAGGAGAUCCCGAAGCAGAGACACUGCUUCGGCCGCCUCUGCCGCCGCUUUCGCCGCUUUCGGCGGCGGCUCUGGCGGGGCUUCCGGAACGAGGUGAAGGGAUGCUGUGGGAAGACAGUGACGGGGAAGGCCCUCUACUUCGUGUUCACCCGGCACCCCGACCAAGUGCGCGAAAGCCUGUGGAAUUCAAUGCGUGGCAUCCUCGAUGCCUGGUUCGCCAAAGAUGGAGGGGGGGCAUAUGCCAAGCGCAGCAAGAAGCAGCGCCGCAAAGGGGUACAGCUGGCAGGGAAGAAGUCGGGUGCCGAGGGCCCGGGCUUUGGCAUCCACUGCUUCAUCAUCAACAAUUCUGGCAACAUUGAUGACUUCUACCAGGUGCACGAGGAGGUCAAUGCUGGCGGAUCGGCCCAGGUGUUCAGGGCCGUAGAGCUGGCAACCAAGGCCGUGCGGGCCGUGAAGCGGAUUGCCAAGAAGAGUGCCGGAGAGAUUGCACGUGUCAUCCAGGAGGUGGCCAUCAUGAAGACCUUGGACCACCCCAACAUCGUCAAGCUCUUCGAAACAUUCGAGGACGACGACUAUUUGUAUCUGGUUCUUGAGUACUGUGCUGGCGGUGACGUGCUCGACAACCUGCUCUCCAACGGCAUAAUGGACGAGUUGGCGGCCGCUAUGGUCAUGCGAGGAAUGCUUUCCGCGCUAAACUACCUCAAUGCCAACGGCUACGUCCACCGCGACCUGAAGCCGGAAAACAUCAUGUACAAGGCGGACAGGGCCGAGAGCAUGGUCUCACAGCUUCGCCUGGUCGACUUUGGCUACUCGUGCAGAGCACCCGAUGAGGGCAAAUCGCUUAAAACCAAAGUGGGCAGCCCGUAUUACGUGGCCCCAGAAGUCCUCUCCGGCAGCUACGGACGCGAGUGCGACAUCUGGAGUCUUGGAGCUCUGUGCUUCCUGCUGCUGUCUGGAGUCCCCCCCUUUUUUGGAGAGAGUGAUGCGGAAACCCUGCGCUUGGUCAACGCUGGGAGGUUCGUCUUCCCUUCCAGCCAAUGGCACGGAGUCUCCAAAGGCUGCAAGCACUUCAUCCGGCGAUGCCUCCAGGUCGAGUUGGACAAGCGGCUCACCGUGACAGAGGCGUUGGAUCAUCCAUGGCUGAAGCACAAAUUCCGCGGCAAGGUCAUUCAUCUUCGGGACGAGACCGUCGAGCGCCUUGUGUCUUUCUCCCAGUACCACGAUCUUCGCAGAGCCGCCAUGCUGGCAGUGGCCUUCCACAUGGAUGCCGAGGACCUGCACCAGCUUCGCGAGCUCUUUCGCGGAUUGGACCUCAAUGGCGACGGGCUCCUCACGACCCAGGAGUUCAGCACUGGCGUCAGAUCUCUCGGUGUCGAUGCUGAGCUACUCGACGAGAUGAUCCGCUGUUUGGAUGCCGACCACUCUGGCGUCAUCGACUACACGGAAUUCCUUGCUGCCACGUUGGAGAAGCCUAUGUACAUCGACAACCAUGCCGUCAUGCUUCGUGCGUUUCGUAGUUUCGACCAAGACGACAGCGGAGGGCUCACGGCCCAGGAGGUCGCGGAGACGAUCGACUUGGAAGAAAGCCUCGAACAGGUGGAGCGCAUCUUUGAAGAGGUCGAUGUGAAUCGUGACGGUGUGAUGGACUACGGCGAAUUCUACAACAUGCUGAAGACUGAGAAGGUGCGAACGGCCGAUGCCUUCGGUUCACAUGACGCCGAAGAUGCUAUGCUCGAAGCGCAGGAAUCCGCUGCCGGCAAGGCAGUGAGCUUUGGAGCGGAGGGCGAUGCUGCAUCUCAGGAAUCCGAAGAGGAGCACGUGGAGGCGGAUUCGGCCGAAGGCGACGAGGAGGCAAGUGACGCCAGCGAGGCGAGCAGCAAGGGAAGCCAGGACGGAGGUGACGAGACUGCUGCGGGACUGGAGGACCACUCGGCCGAGAGUCCGGCCGCUGGUUCCGCUGGCUCCAAGGAGGAGAACAAGCCUGACUGA